AUGAUCGAUCUCGACAGUCUUGCCGCACACGGCGCUGCUUUCUUUGCUGGAGUCGCACUACACAUCUUCCUCUUCCGAGUUGGUGAAUGGGAUCUCGCCGCAACCAAGCUGCUAGUCUCUUUCGUGACGUUGUGUUUCGCAUCAGUGGCCGGCCUCGUGUACUGGCUGCCUGCUCGUUAUCCUACAUACAAUGUAGCUUUCGGAACGGCGUCGGGCCUUGCACUGUACUUCAUUCUGGGCCUACUACUUAGCAUGUUGGUAUACCGUGGGUUCUUCCACCAUCUCAACAGAUUUCCGGGUCCGUUUGUGGCUCGUCUUUCGAAUCUGUAUCCAACAAUGUUGUCGGCUAAGAAGUUUCAUCUUUACGAGGAAGUCCAGAGGCUUCACCAGCAGUACGGAGACUUCGUAAGACUUGGCCCGUCAGAACUGUCCGUGAUCCACCCAGGAGCCGUUUCCGCAAUUCACUCGCCCAAAUCGACAUGCAGCAAGGGUCCGUGGUACAACGUGCUGCAUCCCAUGGUUUCUCUGCAAACGAUCCGCAGUAAACCCGAGCACGUUCGGCGCCGGAAGGUGUGGGAUCCUCUGCGCGAUUACGAGCCCCGUGUUACGAGGUAUACCACUCAGCUACUCGCCCGCAUCGAAGAGCGCAAAGGUAAGCCGAUGAAUGUGACCGACUGGUUCAACUUUUACAGUUUCGAUGUCAUGGGCGAUCUAGCAUUCGGCAAAUCCUUUGGCAUGCUGGAGCAGGGCGUGAAGCACUAUUUUAUGAUCUCUCUGCACGAGUUCAUGAAGAAUAUCGGGUUAUUUAGCCAUAUGCUCUGGCUUCUGCCCAUAUUCAAGGCAACACCCAUUCUAAAUAGUGAGUCCAACAAGUUCUGGCGAUGGGUCAAUGCGCAGGUAGACGAGCGGAGGAAGAUGAAGCCAGAUCGCCCGGAUGUAUUUUCAUGGCUCCUCGAGGAUCACGAGGCGUGCGAGCGGCCUUCCGCCCAAGAUGAACUGAAUUUGAUUGGUGACGCCUACACGAUAGCGGUUGCUGGGAGGCUAGUGUUCACUUUCAACACGUUCAAUUCCACGUUCUAA